AUGGCGCCUGAUCCUAGCCUUGCCUAUAUACCUAAAAACCAAGCGGGGAUUGUGCUCAUUCCGAGCACUCGCGCAUGGCAGUGGCCCCGAGUGGCUCAUGAGUCGCAGUUCGAAAGUUAUAUGCUUGAGACCGAGACGACCAAGUACCUGAAAAGUGCGACCUCUGCGGCGGCAUUACGUGGUCAUUCCUAG